AACUCGGUUAAAUAGCGUUCUUCCUUCACCAUAUACACUGUAAUGCGUACUCAUCCUGUGCCAGCUAUACUUAGUAUUUGGGGAAGCGUGCCGUUAUGGAGCCGAAGCACAAACUAGACGAGCAGAGCGGCGUGUUCGCCGGUUUUGCACCGCCUUUUAAGUCUUUCGCCACAGAAGCAAUACACGUCGGUCAGGAGCCGGAGCAAUGGACAUCAAGGGCUGUAGUGCCGCCGAUUUCUCUCUCUACCACGUUUAAGCAAUGCGAACCGGGAAAGACCGCCGGGUAUGAGUACAGCCGUAGUGGGAAUCCUACAAGAGACUGUCUUGAAAAGGCUGUGGCAGCUCUGGAUGGAGCAAAGUACUGCAUUGCUCUUGCCUCAGGACUGGCAGCCACAGUGACCAUCACUCACAUGUUAAAGACAGGUGACGGGAUCGUCUGCAUGGAUGACGUGUAUGGAGGCACGAACCGCUACUUCCAAAGAGUUGCCUGUGAACUUGGUCUGGAAGUGUCGUUUGCCGAUUGUACAAAAACGGAGCUGCUCAAAGCUGCACUGAAGGCCAACACUAAACUGGUGUGGAUUGAGACGCCAACCAACCCCAUGAUGAAGGUCGUUGACAUCAAAGCCUGCAGUGAUUUGGUCCACAAGCACAACAAAGACAUAGUAGUGGUCGUGGACAACACCUUCAUGUCUGCCUAUUUCCAGCGCCCCUUGGCUUUAGGAGCUGAUGUCUGCAUGUAUUCAGCCACCAAAUACAUGAAUGGUCACAGUGACGUGGUAAUGGGUCUGGCCUCCAUGAACCGGAAUGAUCUCUACGAGCGGCUGAAGUUUUUGCAAAAUGCCCUGGGAGCUAUACCAUCUCCGUUUGACUGCUUCCUAUGUAAUCGUGGACUGAAGACUCUACACCUGCGGAUGGAGCAGCACUUUAAGAAUGCCAUGGCUGUUGCCAAAUUUUUGGAGGCGAAUCCCAGGGUGGAGCGUGUCAUCUUCCCAGGCCUGCGCUCUCACCCCCAGCAUGAAGUGAUGAAGAGACAAUGCUCUGGGUGUCCAGGGAUGAUCACCUUCUACAUUAAAGGGAAACUUGAGCACGCCACCACCUUCCUCAAGAACCUUAAAUUGUUUGCAAUAGCUGAGAGCCUCGGCGGUUAUGAAAGUUUAGCAGAACACCCGGCAAUUAUGACCCAUGCAUCAGUGCCAGAAAAAGAGAGGAAUGUGCUGGGGAUUAGUGACACACUGAUUCGACUCUCUGUGGGACUGGAGGAUGAGGCCGACAUUAUUAAAGAUCUGGAGCAAGCACUGGCUGCUGCUCAUCCAGAGAAAUGAAAUGUCUUCAGGGCAUCUUCGAGGCUGGGGUUGAAUCAGCUGAUGACCAAACACACGGUGCCUCAAUUCAGCGCACAAACAGCAACAGGGAACAACUUGUUCUUUAGAAAAUACAAAUCAUGGUAUCUGUGAAUUAUUAAGAGGGAGAAUCAUUGUAACGCUUGUUUUACUGGAAUAUCUGUCUUAUUACGAUUUUAGCUUUUUAGGUUUGUGUGUUUUAAUUUUGAUGGCUUUAAUGGAGCAAAGUCUUAUUCAGUGAGGUCUGAUACAAUGAGUUUCUCCACAAAAAAAAAGAACCACACCUAAAUUUUUGAUAUUACUGAACAUCUGCAAAAUUAAUUUGUCCUAGCAGUCUUCUGUGACACCUCUUCUUCUCUUGUUGACCUAAUCCAAACAGUCUAAACUUGAAGUUCAUCUAUUUUCCAAUUCUAAAUGGCACAAAUUGCUUUGUUAAACACGGCACAGAUACACAGAUGUGUGAAUGAAUUCUCAUUAGUUGAACUAACCAGACUCAAAGGCAGAGCAAAUCCUGCCACCUACUGUCCUAAAGUCAAAAAUAUUUUCUGUCAUGGCUGCUGACAGACUUUAGAGGCAAUAUCACUUUGAGGAAGAAAUAUUUACAUUUAAAAAUGUGUAGAAUGUGUUAAUGUUGCUGAAAUAAGGUACAUACUGUGCUGGAUACCAAUUAAAGAAGAGAACAACUUAUUCUUUGAGUUCAAGACUAAUUGGGUUAUUAACCAAUAAAUGUGGGAGUGUUGGGUAUAGAGUGGCAUAUUUGGGGCAUGUGUGUACCAGCAAUGAUCAUGUUUGUAUAGCAUCAACUGACAGUUUUUUACAGGAGUAUCUCUCAGUAUAACAUUGUGUGUCCUGGAACAUAAAGAAUAUUAACAUAGCUUCUCAUGUUGUUGUGUGUAUGAGCAGUUGUCUCUUUCUUACUUCAAAAAGUACAAAACAUUAUGACCAUUCUUAGGAUAUGGAGUUGCUUUUUAAAACACUGUAUGGGAUUUGUAGAAAAUUUAAAUAUCAAUGCUGUUACCCUUUAAGUCCCAUCGUUUGCUCGUUCCUUCCUGAAAAAGCUCUCCAGUGAAUUUUGUUUUUGACUCAUUUUUUUAAAGGGUUAGCUUGUGUCGCUGAUGUGUAAAAGGGCAUGCCAGAGUCAAGUGCGGUAUUGAGGCAAGGGCAGAAACAGUCGUUUUUCAAACUAAAAAUAACUAUAAUUUUAACCACGAAAUUUUUU